UGUAACUCGACACCGGGGCGAGAGGCCGAGCGCAGCGCGGCGGCGGGGCAGCAGCAGCAGUAGGAGGAGGAGAAGGAGGAGGAGGAGGAGGAGGAGGAGGAGGAGAGGAGCCCCGGGAGCGGGAUGGUGGCCACCUCCUUCCCCUCCCCUUAGCGGCGCUCCGCAGCCGCCGCGCCGGGUUCUGCCGCCUGCAGCGGGGGCCGGGGGCGGCGGGCGAUGGGCACGGGACGGGCCCCCUGAGCCGCCGGCAACUUUCCCCGCUGCGGGCAGCCGGAGCCGAGCAGGCGGAUGGAGGAUGCGCCUUCCCCGGCGGGCUGCGUGACCCGGCGGCGGCCAAGGGGAGGAUGAAGAAGCAGCAGCAGCAGCAGCACGGCGGCGGCGGGGGCUGCCCGGACGCCCGGCCCCCCGCGGCGGCGGCGGCCGGAGGGGGCCCGGGCCCGGGCGGGGGCUGGAGGCGGCGGCGGCCGCUGUCGCUGCUGCCCUUCCUCUCGCUGCGCGACUACGGCUUCUGCAUGGCCGCCCUGCUGCUCUUCUGCCUGGGCUCCCUCUUCUACCAGCUCAACGGGGGGCCCCCGCACUUUCUGCUGGACCUGCGGCACUAUCUGGGAAAUUCCACUUACUUGGAUGACCACGGACCACCCCCUCAAAAGGUACUUCCUUUCCCCAGCCAGGUGGUCUACAACAGAGUUGGAAAGUGCGGAAGUCGAACUGUGGUUUUGCUUUUAAGAAUUUUAUCAGAGAAACAUGGAUUCAACCUGGUAACGUCUGACAUUCAUAACAAAACAAGACUGACCAAAAAUGAACAGAUGGAAUUGAUUAAAAACAUAAGCACUGCUGAGCAGCCCUAUUUAUUCACUAGACAUGUUCAUUUCCUCAACUUCUCAAGGUUUGGAGGAGACCAGCCAGUGUACAUCAAUAUUAUUAGAGAUCCUGUCAAUCGAUUUUUAUCCAAUUAUUUUUUUCGACGCUUUGGAGACUGGAGAGGAGAACAGAAUCACAUGAUCCGUACCCCAAGCAUGAGGCAGGAGGAAAGAUAUCUGGACAUUAAUGUAUGUAUCCUUGAAAACUACCCUGAAUGUUCCAAUCCCAGGUUAUUUUAUAUCAUACCAUAUUUCUGUGGACAGCAUCCAAGAUGCAGGGAACCUGGUGAAUGGGCCCUUGAAAGAGCAAAGCUGAACGUUAAUGAAAAUUUUCUGCUUGUGGGUAUUCUGGAGGAGUUGGAGGAUGUGCUGCUUUUAUUAGAAAGAUUCUUACCUCAUUAUUUCAAGGAUGUGCUUAGCAUCUACAAAAACCCAGAACAUAGGAAACUUGGCAAUCUGACUGUGACAGUGAAAAAGACCGUCCCCUCUCCAGAAGCAAUACAGAUCCUCUACCAACGCAUGAGAUAUGAAUAUGAGUUUUAUUACUAUGUCAAAGAACAGUUCCACCUGCUAAAGCGCAAGUUUGGACUGAAGUCUCAUAUCAGGAAACCACGUCCCAGACCUGAGUUCUUCAUUCCUUCUCCCCUGGAAACAGAAGAACCAAUAGACGAUGAGGAAGAAGAUGAUGAAAAGUGGCUAGAGGAUAUCUAUAAAAGAAACAAGUCUUCAUUGCAUAAUACUGCGGCAUUAACUACGGAAAUGAGGAGGCAGUGAGCCAUUUGGGAAGAGUGCCUCUCUCUGCCCAGAGAGCACUGGUAUUCCAGUGAUGCAGUCAGAGCCUUUGCCGUGUGUGCACAUCCAAGGAUAACAGGCUCAAGAGUGGGUUAGAUAAUGGCUUCUGAAUUGCUCAGUGUGGGAGGAGCAAGUCUACUGUUCUGGCAAAUUAAUGUGGCUGGUCAUAAGGCAAGUUACAGGAACUAGAUGUUUUUGGUAAGCCCUUCUAGUUCACAGAGCAGAAAAAGUUACCAGGUCAGUGAAUUGCAAGAAUGAAGAGUCUGUGCGGCAGGGUUAUGCAAACUGCAGAGUUUUGCUUCUUGUAGCUGAGUACGUUUCUAUUAGACUCUGAAGGAAAAGGUGCAGUGUGUCUUUUACGUUCAGGGAGAGUAUUUGUAGAUUUGUAUUUUUAUUAUGGAUCAGAAAUCCAAAGAGAUACAGAAAAAGUCACUCAAUAAAAAACUUAAAUUGUAUGGAGCUCCGAUUCAACAUAAACAAUGUUUCUAUGAUCACUGAAUUUAAUUGUUUGUGUCUGAAGCAUAGCACAGCUGCCACACCAGUGCAAACAGCAGACAUCUGCUAUUAGUAUGGCUAGAAGUAAAAUUAACAAUAUGGAGACACUCCACUUCUCUAGUUGAAAUACUUCAGAAUGAUAAAACAAAGAAAAGAAAAAGCUAUGCUCUGUAAAACCAAAGCCAGUUCAACAACGCAUUGUUAAGAGAGGCACUGUGCAAGCCUGCCCUUGCUGAUCACUGCAAGUAUUAGCAGCAAACACUGUGAAGUGGAGUAGUGUUGGCUGGGAGGAGACGUAGGAAUAGCUCCCAUAUGCAACACGCUGUUGUCUUUAAGGCAGGUGUCCCCGGGGUUCCCACUGAUGAACUGCCUGGGCUGCAGGUGCAGAACCAACAGACCUGCACACAGCAAUGGGCAGAGCCACCCUGCUCCACAGCAGAACAGGGGGACCUGGGGGUUCUCAAUGAGGCCUUGGCCUCUUGUGCACCCUUAGGCCCAGAGGAAACUAAGCCAGUAGAGGAUAAUAGCAAUAAAUUCCUGUCCCAGAGCACAGCUGAAGAACUGCAUCAUGAGUAACACUUCUGGAGUAAAGCACCUGUGUCCAGCUCGUGCCCUCUCAAAUAUCUGCCAGGCACUAUUGGCUUCCUAUCCUGCGGCUCUCUCAGCAGCACGCCUGCUGUCUGCAAGGUAAUCCUUCGGUUUGAACUAACAGCAAAAGUUAUUUUGUGAUGGACGAGGCACAUGAACUCAGGCUAAGCUCGAAUGUGCUUUUCAAGGGCUUCCUCUGCCGUGAGCCUGCUGAGAGCCAAUACCCAUUAUGGCCUGUCUUCAUCAGCAGUCAGUCUUUACUGUACCUACACGCAGAGAACAAGAAUAAAGAAGUGUAAUCGUGUUAAAACAAGAUGUUUAUUUACAGAAAAUGCUACGUAGAAGACUCUGUUCUCAUGAUUAACAUCCCAGGUUGGUGGUAGCAAUGCGCUGCCAUGAGGGAGCGCGUUAAAGACAGUUGAAAAUGGCACAGAUAACAACUAACAUGUUAGCUAAAAUAUGAAUCUGCUGCAUUGUAUAUUUUAAGUGGUUUCUAUGAAAUUACAUUGAAAGAGUAAUGAUUAGUUUACACACUGUGGAAUUGUUAUAUUUUGGAAAGAAAAUUAAUAUUCUCACCUUUCAGAAGUUCUGUUUGAAUCCUUUUUGCCAACAUUGUAACAGAAUAAUCAGUCACUUAACACAUUCACCCUUCCUGCGAGUUCACUGCCGCUUACUGUAAAGUCUAUUUUUAUCUGUUUAUUUAAUGGUAUCUUCAGCCAUCACUACUUGUAACCUAAAUACAAAAACUGUUAAACAAUUUACUUGCUAGGUUUUAACAUUGUUGUAUUUUUCUUAACAAUCAACCUGGCCUCUCCUCCUCGAAUGGUACUUCAUAAAUUUAUCUGGCACAUAGCAUCUAAGAUUCCUGGUCCUACAGCUUAUUUGUCUGUCAUUAAAUAUAUUUUACGUAAUUGUUAAAAGGUACGUUAUAAGCUGGUUAAUCUUUGACUUAUUUAUUGAAACUUUUCAGCACAUUCCAAAUUCUGUUUCUCAGGAAGAAGUUGAUUUAAAUGAUUAUAU